AUGGGGGACUCCGACCGAGUUAAAAUGGAGGCCGGCGUCAUCACCGCUCUCAUCUCGCGCGCGUCAGAUUUGUUUUACAGAGACGACGAUAACGACGACUGGGAAUGUAUUGUGAGCUGUCUACAGGAGCCACCAUGUCCCGUCGGACAUAGAGGGGUCACGGCUCGAGUAGUGCAGUAUGCCGAAACGACAGUGCCCACCCAAACGCCACAAGUGUUCCAGAGUAACUUCCGGCUACAAAAGUCAUCGUUUGAGCAGAUGGUGCUGCUGCUGGCACCGAUCCUUACACCGGAUGCUCUUGUGGGUAGGCCACCCAUAGUACCUGAGAAGCAGCUGAUGCUAUUCGUCUGGUACCUUGCCAACAUGGAAGGCUUUCGAUCAGUUGGAGACCGGUUCGGAAUCACGAGGUCUUCCGUGUUCCGGAGAGCGAAGCGUGUCGGCACAGCACUCAUCUCAAGGGCACGAACAUUCAUCAAGUGGCCCACACAGGAAGAGGCACUGCAAAGUAUGAUGCGCUUUGAGGGCAAGGCAGGAUUCCCUAAGGUGAUCGGAGCAAUAGACGGGAGCUACAUUCCCAUAAAGGCCCCACCAGAGACCCUCAACCAUAUGCUCAAGUUCCUACACUGCAGCGCUGGAGAACCAGGUUCCCUACAGGACGCCGGUGUCUUUAGGAGGUCAGACUUUGCACGGAAUAUAAAUGCAGAUAUGUUCCCGUACAACAGCCAUAUCCUGGGAGAUGCGGCCUAUCCCCUCAAAGGGAGAAGGUCUACUGCGGCCUCAGUCCACUUUGCUGGGGCCCUUCCUCCGUCGCAAGAGUCUGACAAUUUGGGAGAAGAAGCUCCUGAGGCUGCCAGCUGA